AUGACUUUAGUGAAAGAUGAUGGGAAGCCCGAUAUAUUCCUUACAAUGACGUGCAAUCCGACGUGGCCUGAAAUCCUUAGAGAGCUUUUGCCGGGUCAGACCGCACCCGAUCGGCCAGACCUUGUCGCAAGAGUUUUUCGUGCGAAACUAGAGGAUAUGAAAGACCAACUCUUCAAAAAGCASAUCCUCGGUAAAUUCGGGGCAUAUGUUUAUGUCAUCGAGUUUCAAAAGCGUGGUUUGCCGCAUGCCCAUUUUCUUCUGAUAAUGACACCCGAACACAAAAUGACCAAUCCAGAUCAUUACGACAAGAGUGURUGUGCUGAAAUUCCGGACCCAACCAGGUAUCCCCAAAUGCACGAACUGGUCGUCCAACACAUGAUGCAUGGUCCUUGCGGUCAUUUACGACCGUCCAGUCCUUGUAUGCAAGGUGAGCCGAAAAAAUGUCAUUUCAGAUAUCCCAAACAGUUCAACGACAAGACGAUGCAAGCUGAGGACUCAUAUCCAUUAUAUCGACGGAGAAACAGUGGAAUUAAUGUGAAUGUACGAGGCAACAUCCUGGAUAAUAGAUGGGUGGUCCCAUAUAACCCGAAGCUAUUAAUGAUGUUCAAUUGUCAUAUSAAUGUUGAGGCUUGCUCGAGUAUAACAUCUAUGAAGUAUGUCUUCAAGUAUGUUUACAAGGGUCACGACAAACAAGUUGUUCAUAUCGAUUCARAGGAAGAAAGGGUCGUUAUUAACGAAAUUAGAAGGUUCCAAGAUGCACGUUAUGUCUCCCCUCCUGAGGUUAUAUGGCGGAUUUUUAGCUUCACAUUUUCUCAAAUGCACCCUUACGUGAUGGCAUUGCAACUCCAUCUCCCUAACAAACAGAUGGUUAGGUUUAGAAAUGAUGAUAUAAUGACAGAUAUUGUCGAUAGUGAGAGAGAUAAGCGAACGAUGCUGACUGCAUUUUUUGAUAGGAAUAGAACAGACAUGAGUGCAAGACAAUAUUUGUACAAAGACUUUCCAAAACACUACACGUGGAAUUGGAGCACACAUUGA